AUGGGAACACAACGUGACAUUCCUGCCAUAAAACUAUUGACAGGAUUAUCCCGGGAAUGGACCGGCAUAACCAGUCCUACCAAAUCUACAAUAGAAGAGGCACAGCGGUACCAGUCAUGUGUUAAUGAUCUGACUGCGAAGACCUCGGACGGCAUCACGAAGGUCAAAGGUUAUGUUGAGGAUGUGAACGAGGAAAUAAGUGCAAUAAGAGACAACGUGAAGAGGUCAAUGAUAGAGAGCGUGCAGAUAAUGUCGGAUCUCGUCAAAAAAUUAGUCCCGACACCUAGUAGCCAACAGAAGCAUGGUUAUGGUCAAGUCAGAGACGAUGGGAAAUCGGAAACAGCCCGCAGAAGUAAUGAAGAAAUCGCAAAACAACUAGCGGAACUUGCGAAGUUCACUGAGCGACAACAAAAACUGGUUUCUCUCACUGAAAACGUCAAUUCUGCAUGUGAAAAGGUUCAGUCACAGGAAGGAAUAGAUGACAAUGAUAUCAGAGACUUACAAAGUGCAGUCGAUGGGUAUGGCAAGACAUUAGAGAACGAAAAGGAACGGAAGGACAGACAGGAAAAGAUGAAGAAACGAGAAGAGGAGGAAAAACGACGAAGAAAUCCUGAAAACUGGAAACCUUUAGUGUUUAUGGACAACGCACCUCAGGAAGACGCAUUCACUAACACUGAUAUAUUGUGUGUGAUUUAUGCCAUGGACGGGAGCUUCCAGACCACCUCGCUCCAGUGCAAUAACAUGGAAAGCCGGAUCACGAUGUCAGAUUGGUUGGAUACACGAUAUGAAGAGCAAGCGUCAAGUCCGAUUUUGAUGAACGGUUAUAGCAAUGUGGCGGUAAAUCUGGAGGAGCCGAUGGAAGUGUACGUGCCAUAUUCGAUCGAUGGAAUCAAGCACGAGCCAGAGGUCAAGAUCUCAAUCGACAAUGGACCCUGGACGUCCCCGGAUAUACUCACCGAAAGGAAAGUUAAGGCCUUUCAGAAAGGGGUCAAGUACAUUGGGACUACAGUUGAAAGCUUCAGGUCAGUUAGAAUAAUAGUAGCCGCUGUAAACAAGGGAAAAAAGAUAAAAGUCGACAAAAAUGGUUCGACCUUCAAGGAAGACUGUAUGCAGUUCCAGGUUCCUCCAGGGUGCGGGAAUGACAAUAUCAAGAUCAAUGUAUCAACUGAUAAUGGAACAAAUAUGGCACGACAGAAGAAGUUUCUUGGCGCUCAGGUACGCGUAGAAGUCGACUGUGGGCAAAAAACAACGAAGGACAUCAAUGUCAAGAUAUCAGAGGAUAAGAUGUUGUCUCACUGUAAGGAACGGAAGGAGGCUUGCAAUGCCCUGAACGAACUGGUUACGUCUGGAAAUGAUCUUUCUAACAUCAAACUGGAUCCUUUACUUGAGCACUUACAGAGAGAUGGCGUGAUCAACACUAAGGAAGCAAACGAUAACAAAAAUCUGAUGGAUAUACAAAAAAGGACGAAACAUCUGCUGGAGAUGAUUCUACAGCGACCAUCGGCAGCUGAAAAGGUCCUGGUAUGCUUGGACAAAUCAGGAAAUAGUCACAUAGCAAAACAGAUUCGAGAGUUGAUUCCGAAAAAGUCCGGCAAUACAGCUGUAUAUGAAAAAUGGCGUUCGGUAUUAGUUUUCACUGGGGAUGAUGGAAAGUGGAAAGUGCUUGAUCCAAAAGUCAUAAAAAAGCUUUAUAAAGAACUAGGAUUUAUCUUAGAGGCGGGGAACAGACGUUUUGAGUUGAUAUCCCUGACCAUCUCUGAUGACACGUCUGAGAAAGAUAUUGGAGAAAUCGCCAAUGAGAUUAGAAACCGGGAGAUUGGUACGACCGUAACACUGGUCUGCAGGCAUAAAACAGACGACUAUCAAGCCGAAAGCUUUGUGCACGUCCUUUCAUCGAAGCAAGCAUCAAGGGAAAUCAUUCGACUGAAAGAACAAGGAUACACCAGAGGCCCAAUGGAGUUGGCAGACUUUAAUAUCAUGGACGGGGAAAUCGUCGAGUUGUAUAUGUCUGGUAAUAUCGGACUGGAGUACAAAGGUAGAAGGUUACAACAAGGAACGGUAACGGGCUUACUAUACAAAGCCCAUAAAGACGUUUGCAAACUGAACUUUAAUAUAUACGUCGUGAACAAGACAUCUCCAGGUCAAAUGGAUGACGACAGGUAUCGAGGACUGCUUCAUUACAGAGUCAGAGCUAGAGCACCUCUUAAGGAGAGGACUGACGAGGUCGAGGUAACCUGGCUAAAGGUGUCGAAGCGCUAUUUAUCACACUUGUCCAUGAAUGGCGACAUGCAAGCGCUGGGCAAAUUCGUCAGUUCAAAGAUGGCUAACAGAGAAGAUAUCAUCAAAUACGAGACAACGCUGUUCAUAUGGGCAAAUCAAAACAAAGACGAAAAAGACAUACAGAUUGAGAAGAUUCUACAUGCAGUUAAAAGUUACUCGUGGUGUGACGAAGCUCGUCGGUUUGUCAGAUUAUACAUGGAGUCAGGUCUGUUCUCGGAGCUGUCGCUUCUGGGAAUGUCGAAGCUGUUGGGGCCGGAAUGGAAAGACUUGGCGGUUGUCCUUAAACUACCACAAGUGCAGCUGGAUUAUAUCGAGCAUAUGCAGCUCAGUGAACAAGACGCGAAGGGGAAAAUGCUUGAUAAGUUCCGCCUGUCACACUACGCUAUCGGCUUCGGCGAGAAACUUUCGGAAGUAUUCUUGGAGUCCCUUCAGCGGUGCAAGUGCAGUGACGAACUUCUGGCGUACGUGAAGUCGAAAAUGAAGUGA